AUGCAUGGCCUGGAGAAUUCAGAGGCCGAACAUGAGCCCAAUGAGUUUGAGUUCGAAUUCGCUUUCAAACCGCCGCUUUUGAAGUUUUCGCAAGCCCUUGCUGCAAGUGCACCACGACCCGAUGAGGGACACGACUCCAAUUUGGACGAGUCUAAGCUUAGCCUCCUGGACACCGCGUGCACCUCCUGCCUCCAUUCGAGACGAUGGCGGCAAGCUUAUGAACGAUGGCUCCCAGAGAAAAUCAGCUGCAGCCGGACGAGCCAGAGCAAGAACUUUCACUUCGCCAACGGCCAGUCCGAGAGCCAGCUUGCUGUGUGGAAGGUGCCGGUGUACUUUGAGAAUAUCUACGGCGAGAUCUUUUCAGCUGAACUGCAGCAGGGCGGCACGCCUCUACUUCUCUCACUCCCCACGAUAAGGGCCCUGGGCAUGAUCAUUGACCUGGGCGGCAACAAGGUGAAGAUCGAGGCGCUGGGCAUCGAGAUGAUCCUGGCGCACACCGCGACUAAGCACAUUGCCCUGUCAGUUGCCUUUGACCCAGAGCGGCCUCUAGCCCAGCCAAAGAGCAGCAAGGAGGACCCCGACAUCACCACGGAAGACCUCAUCGUCUACUACAUGGGAGAAGGCGAGCUUCCGGUGCUACAUGACAUGAGCUUCGCGCCUCCUGACCUGGGCCCACGUGGCAUCUGCAAGGGCGACCGAAUUGCCCAGUUGACCGACCGGCGCGCAAAGGAGCUGGCGAAGAAGUGCCGACAGCAGGCGGCCGAGGACAUGCGCAGCUGGGCCGCUCUACGCCGGGACUUUUCCUUGGCCGAGCAGUGGAGCACCCGAGACUUCCAGGACACCGUCCUCUUCGAGCCCUUUCUCAACAAGGCGCCGGUCACGACCAUAGCGGCAAAGGAGUUCAGUUGGACUUGCACCGAGCCGGCCGUUUUGUCCCCGAAGGGCCAGGGCGCAGUGAUGGAGGUCAUUGCGGAGCACCGGCCGUUCCUCCUGGUUGUGCCCUUCGACGGCAGCCUUUGGUCAGCAGCCGCCGGGCCGGGCAAAGCAAAGGUCGAGGGGACGAAGCUGGGGCGUCGCAUCGCCCAAUACGCCACGAGGCUUUGUUAUGAACAGCACCGCCGUGGACGUUACUUCCUCCUAGAGGGUCCCCCGGCCAAGUUUGCCUGGAUCUUUGACCGCAUCCUGGCCAAGACGCUCAAGACGGCAGGCGGCAAGUUUGUUUUGGGAGAUUUGUGUGCCUACGGCGCCCGGGAACCGCGUAGCCAACAGCCCGUCCAACGAACCACCGGAUGGCUAUCCAACUGCGAGGUCCUUCUGAAUCAGCUUGGGCGCCGAUGCCAAUGCGGACACGGGAGACACGGUGAUGAAUCCCUGGCCCGCACCGGCUUCCCGACCGGACUUUGCCGGGCAAUCUGCCGAGGAGUCCGAGGUGCCAUGGUGCUGGAUUAUGCGGCGAGCAUGGCCAGCAGUGAGGGCAAGCACGCCUAUGCCGGGGGAGACCUGGACGAGGACGGCGACGUGGAGAUGGAAGAGGACUACGAGGACGAGAGCCCGGACGAAGAGCCCUGGGAGGACGAGUGGGAAUUUCUUGGGCAAGACCGUUUGCUGAGGAUCCACCGAGUCCCUCGACAAAGGCUUUUCCUACCUCUUUCCACGACAGCGCCACCGGUGCCACUUGAUCGACUACAAGCCCGCCGCCGAACGACAAUGAACCUCCAAGACGGGACACGCCGGGAGCAUGAGGUGCCGAGCGAGAGCAAGCACAGGAAGAACACACACAAGAACCACCACAAGAACCACCACAAGAACCGGGCCUUAGACGAUGUAGACUUUGAUGGCAGCGAGUACGAGCCAUCGAUGCCAGUGUCGGCAGUGCCAGUAAAUUCCGAGCAAGAGCAAGCAGAGGAAUGCGAGGAGGAGCCUGUUCUCGAUCUGUUGGAAGCAACAGCAGAGCAUCUACGAGAGAGUGGUGCAGGGGGCUGGUUUCGCCUGGGCACCGACAGCGACCUGGGCCGAGCCUGGGUAGCACUAGAGGCUGGCCGAGCCGAUGUUACUCUCAUCCUUUGUUCCCUGUCGGCCCGGAGAAUGAAGAAGCCACAGCCACACGCCGGGCCGCUGGACACGCCAAUCCGGAAGUCCUUCCUGCUGCUGAACGGCCACGAGGUACUGGUCACUGACUGGGAGGACUGGAACAGCAUGGCCCCGUCCGCGCAAGUACGACCUUUGGUGGCUCAAGGACGCCGCCUCUACUUGGUCUUGUAUGGCAAGGAGAUCGACGAGGGCGGUCAGAUCGUGGAGGCCGUUCCGGGAAACAGACAGGAGCUGGUUGAAGCCAGCCGGCAGCGGAAAUGGGAUGCGCUCCCGAGGGAGCUCAAGCUGGCUGUGCGACGGGUGCACGUCAAUCUAGGACAUGCGCCUCAGACAGCGAUGUUGCGAGCAUUGCGGGUCUCACGUGCAUCCGAAACCGCUAUAAAAGCAUGCCGCCUGUUUCGAUGUGCCGACUGCCCGAGGCUAGUGGAGCCAAAGAUUCCACGACCCAGUAAAUUGCCCUUAGUGGACGAAUUUAACGCGCAAGUCGGCCUCGACGUCUUCUCGGAGAAGGACGCAAGAGGCUACACGUGGACAUGGUUGAAUGUCUUCGAUCAGGGCACGCUGUUCCAAGUCUGCAGCUUGCUCGGGAAGACCCACGCCAAUCUGACUUCGGCCGAGGUCUUGCGAGCUUUCACCACGUCGUGGACAGACUGGGCUGGGUUUCCAGAGCGGGGCGUGGCCACGGACAGAGCGAAAUAUUUUCUGGCAGACUUCGCUGACGAGAUCGCCGAGCAUGGGUGUCACUUUGACACGGCUGCAAAGGCUGCCCCCUGGCAGAUUGGACAAAUCGAGCGCCACGGCGGAAGCUUUGCUGGGAACAGCAGAUUUCCUCCCACGAGGAAAUCCUCUGGGCCACCUCUGCCACCAACCAGGCGAAGAACGCCUUGGUUCGCAAGUCGGGUUUCAGCCCAGCACAGUGGGUUUUGGGCAAAGAUAUCCGGCUGCCGGCCUCUUUGGCAGACGAAGAUGAGGUUGGACGAGUUGGUGCGCAAGCCCUGGCCGACACACCGGGAACACGCUUCCACCGAAAGAACCAGAUCCGGGUGGCCGCCAGCCGCCAGGGAGAGCUUCAUGAAGGCCGCCAACAGCGAGGCCAUUCGACGGGCAGAGCUGAGACAGGUGCGGCCCACACGACGCCGCCAGCAAACAACCUGGUCCAAGUGGUGGCGAGGCAUUGCAAGAGUUGUGGGGAAGGAAGGCCAGAGUACGGUUUGGCUCUCCCACCGCGGCAUCUUGAUUGCCGUGUCGCCGGAGCACCUCAGCCUGGCCCACGACCAGGAAGUUCACCAAUGGAUGGUGGUGGCGAACGAGCACUCCCUUGUGGACGCUUUGCCGGCCUCGAGUGGAAGCGGCUAUCUUGAUCUACGACAAGCACCCAAGCCGCCCGAAGGGCCGGAGCCACAGGACGGCCAGGACGCGACCGAGAGGGCCGACCGCCCCGACGAGGAGAUGCCCGGCCAAAGCGACCAAGGUGGAAGCACAACUUCGGCCGAGAGGCAAAGCUCAGAGCGGGACGCGUUGAGGAUGAGAAAAAGCUCAGAGUUUUUCGUGCGGAAGGAGCGAGAGCGGCGAGCACAACGAGAAGCACGGUCCAGCAACCUGCCCGGCCCUGCGAACCACGAGGUCAGCCUACCUGAGCCUAUGAACCAGGAGCCAGAGUCUGUUGGAGUGCCCCCACUGGAGGUUCCCGACUACGACCCGGACCUGGACGACUACCACCAGGCACGGCCGGCUCCAGUCCGGCCGAUUGUGGACGACCCCGAGGCGGAGGCCAACGAGAGGGAGGCGAAGAGACAACGAGUGCUACAGCCCGACGAGACGGCCAACAUGGUGACCGAGCGCUUCGACGCCUUUGCGGCCGCGAGCUCCCGGAACUACCUCAAGAACAAGGCCCGCAGCCACUACCGGGAGCACCUCGACUACUACCACGCGCACGCCGUCCCCGAGAGCACCUUUCUCUUCAGUUGCCAGCGGAACCGCUUCGAUGAGCGGUAUGAGGCCCUCGCCACGGGACAAGCGAAGAAGGGUCGCAAAGAGAUUCGCCUAAACGACCUCAACCACGAGCAGCAGAAGCUUUUCACGGCGCCGGGCGGCUCCGACGAGAAGGAAUGGAAGGCCUGGUUGGGCAAGGGAGCCUGUGAUGUGCUCAGUUUGGAGCAGAGCCGGGAUGUUCGCAAGAACAAGGCCGACCUCAUCAUCCCGACAAGGUGGGUGAGGACAAACAAGAAUGAUAACAUCUACGGCACCGACUUCCUCGCCAAGAGCCGUUUGGUGGUGCAAGGUUUCAAGGACCGUGCCCUGGGACAGUUUCGUCGAGACGCCCCGACCGCCAGCGCCAUCGCCGAGAGCAUCUGUUUAACCAUAUGUGCCAAUAAGCGGUUCCUGCUUUUCGCCAAGGACAUCAAGAAUGCUUACUUCAGUGGCAAGAGCAUGACAAGGGAGAUCUACUUGGAGCCACCUCGUGGUGGUUUGCCUGGCGUGCAGGAAGGCCAGCUGUUGCAGGCCCGCAAGGCUAUUUAUGGUUUUGCCGAGGCAGCGCGGAUGUUUUGGCUGGCCCUGAAGGAACACCUUCAGGAGGAUGGCUGGGUGGAGUCACGACUCGAGCCGGCCCUUUUCUACUACCGUGUGCAGGAAACACUGCAAGGCGUGCUGGUGACGCACGUCGACGACCUCGAGGGCGGGAUCAACCCGAACUACCUGGAGCGUGCUUUUAAGAAGUCCGCGGCCGCCCUAGAGUUUGCCACCAACCACUACCGGGACUUUAUCUUUCGAGGCCGGGAGAUGAAGCAGCACGACAGUGGACACAUCGAUGUCAUGAUGAGGAACUACGCCCUGUCACUGAAGCCAGUGCCAGUGCGGCGUGAUCGCCGACAGUGCCUCGAGGAGCCACUGGACCCGGAGGAGAUGGAACUCUACCAGAGCUCCGCAGGAGAGCUGGGGUGGUUGGCAAGACAGCUGCGCUGCGACUUGGCUUACGAGAACGGCGUGGCCCAACGAGCCAAACAAGAUGCCCGGGUAGCCGACCUGAUUCGGCUGAAGCAGUUUAUCGGAGCAGCCCGCCGAGGAGCCGAUUUCCACAUGCGUUUUUGGUCGGACGUGUCUUUGAAGGAUAGCGUGAUAGUGCACCUCUCGGACGCCGGACACGCCAACGGAACCCCCGAGCACGACGAGACCAUGAGAUACCGCAGUGUGGGCGGGUACUUCAUCCUGCUCGCCAACAAGGGCAUCUUGGAGGGAAAAGAAGUGAGAGCCAAUAUCUUGGCUUUCCACUCCGGGCAGACGAAGCGGGUCUGCCGAUCAACGUUGGCAGCGGAGGCCUCUCACUUGGCUGAGGCAGUGGAGGCCGGCGACUGGAUCAUUGUGGUCCUGGAGGAGGCCCUUACCGGCAAGGUGGAUUUGAAGAACUGGCCGGAAGUGAUACAGCAACGGCAGCGAGUCUACGUGACCGACGCAAGGUCCGUCUUCGACUACCUUCAGAAGGACGCCUCGAGUACAAGCUCGGACAAGAGGAUGGCUAUAGAGGGCGCAUUGUUGCGCGAGACAGUGCGCCAACCGGGCGCACACGUUCGGUGGAUAGACGGCAUGCAGAACAUGAGCGACGUGCUCACCAAGUUUGCUGCGGACCGCGAGGUGAUGAAGGAGUUCCUGAGAACGGGGAUGAUUGGCCUCACCCAGAGCGACGCCAACGUGAAGUUGAAGGAGAAGAAGCAGGCCGAGCGGGCAAGACGCAAAGUUGCAAAGAAGUCCGACGACACGGCAAAGCAGCAACAGCGACGACAAAAGCUGGAGGAGACCAUCCAGCAGCUGGUGCCGGAAGAAGAGGAU